UUGAUCUUUCAGCUAGUCACCGAGAAGAGCGGAGUUAAAUCGAAACUGAAAUCGAGUGUUAAAAACUGUGAAAAGUGUCCAGUAGCGCCAUUAUCUGUGAUCUUCGUGCUUUUUUUAAUCAACUUUAAUGUAAACGCGGAAGAAAAACGAACCGGAUAGCUAAGCGUUACUCUUAUUUUGAAACAGGAAACAAGGGAAAACGUCGCCAUGGUUACGGGUAGCAUUUGGCUAGCUUCUUAAAGACGCUCUUCACUUUUAUUUGCUCGAUACUGUAGUUUGAGUACUCAUAUACCAUGGGGGAGUCCGAUACUUACCACAUACGACCCAAUCAUCAGCAGAAGUUCAGGCCAGCUGUUGUGAAGGAGUGUAUUCGUGAAAUUGUGAGGGAGCGACUGUCUGGGGUGCAGUACAAUCCAGAGGAAGUCCCAGAGCUGACCCGUUCACUGGCAGACUCUGUGAAGGACAAAAUAAAGAAUGCAGGAUUUGACAAAUAUAAGCUUGUUGUGCAGGUGGUCAUUGGAGAACAGCGAGGGCAGGGAGUCAAGAUGUCUUCCAGGUGUUUUUGGGAUGCUGACGCAGACAGCUAUGCAGAGGAUGUUUUCAUGAAUGACAGCUUGUUCUGUGUGGUAGCAGUUUUUGGAAGCUAUUACUACUGAGGAAGAGAGGAUGGACCACAGGAAAAAAAGACUUUUACAUGAAAAUGAGCUGGCCUCAACUAAAGAAGCGACACACAUCUGGUCUUUAAAAUGAAAAACCUCAGUGAGAUUUUGUGGCUUUUAUUUCUUACCUCAAAACAUUGUAAUUAUAUAAAAUGAUAAAUAUACUGUUACUGUAUACAAGGUUACAAUACAUUAUGUUCACUUGGGUCUAUUAUAUGCCCAAGUUACUGUUUAUGAGAAUAGCAUCUGAGCUCUGUGAGUUCUCUGAAAGCUGACUGCUUUUAAUGUGCAGUUUCCAGCAUUUUUUAAUACAUGUAAUAAUAUGAUCAUCUGCUCUAUGCACAGGCAGGUUUAUUCCAAAAGCCUUUAAAGUGGCAUUGUCUUCAUACAGUUUCACAAAAGUCUUUAGUUUGUUUUAUGCAGUAAACCAAACAAAUGAAUAAAGGUGAGAUUUAAUAUAUUUGGUGACAUUUUAAUUUUUCACAUCUACACCUAUUAAUAUAACUUUAUUUACCCCACACUGCUGAAAUUCAACUGUCACAACAAAAAGUGAAUCAAAGACAUACAAAAGGCUAUUGUUGGUAUAGGAAAAAUGUUAUUGUGAAAAAACAAAAGAUUGUAUUGUUAUUUCGAGCAGUUGACUUAGCAGAACUGAUCCAGCAGAGGUCAGUAUCUGCCUGUAGUCGCCAAAAUCCAGAUGCACGGAUUUUUUUUUUUUUUUUAAUUAAAGUUAUGUGUGUUCGGGUCGGAACCGCCACGAGUCCCGACUUCGUCAAAGGAAAAACAAAUUGUUCAGCAGUUUGCGGCGGGACUCCUGGUCCCUGUUUCUCCACAGAACACGAAACAACUCGGAAACAGUUUUAGGUCCUGGUUGCGUUUAGCUUUAAAAAAAAGUUCAUGGUAGAAUUUCACCAGCAGUUGCAGUCUAAGAUGGUGGAGUUAGUUUAGGAAACAUCGGUAUGAAUGUCUAUCCGUGGGAAAUGGCAGACAGGAAGGGCCUGCGCUAACUGGUCAGCAGCUUUCAAAAUAAGAGCUCAGAGACUGUCUAAGUAUGUCCAAGAUGAAGUAAAGGAAAUCGUGAAUUGCCUAGGAAACCCACCUUCUGUAAAUAUACAAAACAUUAACAAAUUAUUCUUUACUAUAUAUUAACAUAUAUUCAUUAAGUGAUGCCGUUUUGAACAGUGAUGGCAUCAAGCUGAGAGCUAAUUACACAAGGCUCUGCUGACAAACAGGUCAUAAAAGAACAGGAAAAGAUUUAAUUUGUAUGUUUAUAAGUUGUAUGUUUAAAUGCUUAGUUUUAUUUACUGAUGCAGGAAAUGUAUGAACCAUUUUAUGUUAUAUAUAGUGUUAAGCACUGAAUGUUCUUGAUUCUGAAUGAAUGUUUCAAGCUAAAAUUCAUUGAUGUCAACACAUUUUUCUGUCUGGUUGUUCAGUGUUGCUUUGGUUCCUGAAUCAAAGUCAGUCUGACUGCGAUCUAGUGCAUCACAGAUUCAGCCAUCAUGAGUUUGUUGGCUUAUUGCGAACAUUAUUUCUGUGGUGUUUUCAUUAUUGUGAUUAUUUAAUGGCACUUUCAGAAGUGAAGUGAUCAUAGCUUUGCAUGCUCUACUAUCUUUUCAUCCUUUUAUGUCAACGACAAAUGGACUGUAUAAAGCUGCAGAAGUAAUAUUGUGUGUGGAUAGAACAGCACCAUAAUCAAACCAUGCCUGAAAAGCUUCCCUGCACUUUGUGACCAUGUCAUUACGUAUUACCUUUUUUUUUCUUCGUCAAGCUGGUUCCAUCACUUUGUAGCUGGAAUUUUAAAUGAAACUUUAGCUAAUUGUUAGCUACUGGGUCAUUAGUACCCAUGAUAAUUCUAAAUUAAACUCUUUAGCAUUUAGUUUAAAAAAUAUGACAUAGUGUCAUGUCUAAAGUUUUUUUUUUUCCAUCUUGAUGACAUGUAGGCAUCUUCCAUACUUGUGCCCAGAAGUCUCCCUGGACUGUGCCCAGAAGCUGUACUGACACCCUGUCUACACUCAUAGCCCCCUGGCUUCUUAUUGAAAAUAAAGUGAAUUGCAGGUGUUGCUGUCUGUGUGAAAAACAUGUAACAUCUUUGUUCAACAAAAUCCAUAGGUGUUUAAUUGACUGAGAUGUGGUUUCAUCUGCCCUUUGGAUGGAGGCAUUG